AUGGUCGCGACCUUUUCACCUCACCGUGAUGCGGGUGGUACCCUCCAUCUACCAUCCCACACGGGAAUCCAUCAUGUUGAUGCUAGUUCGGCCAUUCGCCAGUUACGACGAUCACUCUCGCGAUCUCCUUCCAAGAGUUCCAACUUUUCAUUUCUCACCUCCCGGAAUCAAUCUCCCUCCAAAACAACGCCCUACAUCUCAUCUCCUUUGUCGCCCUCCCGACGGUCCUCGCAAAACAACUUCGUCCUAUUUCCCAGCUCCUCCCAUCAAUCCCCGUUUGCCGUGCCAUACCCUCCCAGCGCCAAAAUCACGCGGCCUGUGAUGCGCCGUGUGCGGACCUCCCCGAGGAGUCCUGCCAAACGCGCCUUGAAUAUCUCCGCGGACCAGGGAAACACGAAACCUGCACAGUCGGUUCCAACGACGCCCGACGUGGAAAACUUCCCUUCAGCCCGGGGAGUGAGCGUUCAAUCAGAGGAUGAUGAAACAAGCCCGAAUGGUUGCUCGACUACCCCCGCCGGAUUCCCGGAAACCUCCACUCUUUCGCCGCGUCCGCCAUUGUCUCGUGUCGAGAAGCGACGGAGCGGGACCUUUGGCUCAUAUGCAACCGUCAGCCCCCUUAAGCGCAGUGACGGAAUAAUGAACCUUGAUCGGGCCUCUCGUGGCAGUCCGUCGGCCAAGCGACGGAGCGUUCACACUGCCAACCUCUCUAACGAGUUCAGCAUCUUCGACAGCGAGGACGCGCCUGCCACUGUUGAUGAAUCCGCAGGCGAAUCGCUGACGGAUGACGAGACACCCUCAUUUCCUACUGCCACCCCAUUUAGUCCCUUUGCCACUAUCCCGAAACGCUCAUCUUCUCUGCGACGCUCAACUCUCCAGCAACGCCAAAGCGAUCGCUCUAUUUUCUCUCGACCAAAAGCCAUGGGCGAGUCCGAAGUCUCCGACGGCGGCUCUCCCUUGAGUCCUCGUCCGCGCCCGUCUCUGGAUAACAACCUCUUUCAACCGAGUCGCGAUAGCUUGUUCUCUCCCCGGCCUGCUCCAGCCAGCCCGUUAUUCUCGUCAACAAACAAUGCUCACGGACAAACGCGUCCGACUGCCCACCCGCUCUCACGGACAAUUACACAAUCAUCAUCAAGCUCGAGCUUGGUCGAUGACUCACCUACCCAUGAACCCGUCCACAAGGCCGAUCGUCCGAGAGGGGUGUUCAACUUCUCCAAAUCGCUCCCGGCGGGUGCCACCCGGCCAGGAGCCGUUCGUCCACUCACUCGGGAAGACUCGACGUCUUCCACCGAUUCAUUCGCUACCCCAGAGAACUAUAAGCUUGUGAAGCCUCUACCGGCUGCCUUUAUGUCCACGGGGUUAAUUUCGAAAAAGAACCGCAAUGCUGAAGACCCCCCAAACAUGGGUUUCAGCAAAAACAUGCCUGAUACGCCGUGCAAACGGCCCAUCAAUCUUUUCCCCACCGGGCAGAAAGCGCAACCGGAGCUGUCCUUGGGAAGGUCAACGCUCGUUCGCCCAUCGGACGCAACAUCCCAUUCCCCAUCUAACCCUAUGAGCACACGACCUAAGCUAGGACCGUUCGCACGGGGCAUGGGUAUCUUUGGAAACUCAUUCAGUCGACCGGAGGCUUCGCGACGCGGUAGCUUUGUCAGUGUUGACGGUGAUGAAGGGAUGCAGUCGCAGUCUCCAUCAGCCAGACAUGAUAGCCAACCCCUCAGCGAAUACGAUCUCCCACCUACACCCACCAAGCAAACCUUCUUCCCGUCACGCACUUACCCCCCGGCCACUUCGCAAAUAGCUUCCCUCGAGAGACUUUCGGAGGCUAUGGGGACGAAUUCCAGCCCUCUGCAUGAUAGAUUCCAACGUGGAUCCCCACGCACACCCCAGGAUCAUAUCUUUCCACCCGAUCCGAGCGGCUUAUCCAUUUCGGCGCCCAACGAACAACAUUCGGUCCAGACGGACUUUAAUUCCUCGGAAUUGCCGGCCACCCCGACUGGUCCGCGUGAUUCAUUGCUGCAGUCCGGCAAGAGGACUAGUUUGACCUUGAGCGGAUACCAUGCCCCGGACGUCGACCCGAGCUUGACUUCGCGCUUCGAAAAAGUGGAACUCAGCGGUACAGGGGAAUUUUCCCAGGUUUACCGUGUGGCCGAGCCUCACGACCAAGGCGUCUCGUCGCUCUUCUCAAGCCAGCCGAAGUCUCCUAAGCCCGUGCUGGAGCAGGUGUGGGCGGUCAAGAAAUCCAAACAGCCAUAUUCGGGGUUGAAGGACCGCGAGCGCCGCAUUCGAGAAGUCGAUGUGCUCAAAUCCCUGACGAAUUCUGAUCACAUCAUUUCCUUCACGGAUAGCUGGGAAGACAACGGUCAUCUGUAUAUCCAAACUGAAUUCUGCGAAGAGGGCAGCUUGGAUGUAUUCCUUGCCCAGGUUGGACUGAAGGCGAGAUUGGAUGAUUUCAGGAUCUGGAAGAUUCUGCUCGAGCUAUCUAUAGGACUGAAAUACAUCCACGAUAUGGGAUUUAUCCAUCUCGACCUCAAACCGGCCAACAUCCUAAUCACCUUCGAAGGAGUUUUGAAGAUCGCCGAUUUCGGUAUGGCCACGCGAUGGCCUGCCGACCACGGAAUCGACGGCGAAGGCGACCGCGAAUACAUUGGCCCGGAGAUCUUGAUGGGCCGCUACGACAAGCCCGCGGACGUCUUCUCCUUGGGUCUGAUCAUGUUUGAGAUCGCCGGGAACGUUGAACUCCCUGACAAUGGCCUCUCGUGGCAGAAGCUUCGGAAUGGUGACACGAGCGACGUUCCCAGUCUAACGUGGAGCUCGGAGACUGGCGUUUUCCGAGAUCCGUCCGGCAACCCUGUGUCCGAAGAGCCGUCGUUUGAGGAACUGUGCGCCUCGGACUUCGGGGACGAUACAUUCGGCGACGACAGUUUCAUCAGCAGAUCCAGCGAGCGAAAAGCCGUACCCCUUGCUCGGUCCGGCGAACUGGUCGACCCUCCGAGCUUCAUGGUUGAUGCCAGCCAUGAGCAAGCCCUGGACAGGAUUGUGCGAUGGAUGAUUUCUCCGCAGCCACUCGAUCGGCCCACCGCAGAUCAACUUUUGGAGACCUACGGCGUUCAAUUUGUGGGACGUCGACGCCGUGCUGGAGCCACAGUGUACGAGGGCAACUGGGGCCCGGCCGACGAAAUGCUCGCUGAGGACGCCGAGAUGAUCGACGUCUGA